GCCCAGCAUCGCGUCCUCUGUACAAUCACGACACACUUGCAAGCAGCGCCAGGUUUUGCGUUCGUCAAUCGCUCACACGGCGCGGCCACUCCACACCUUCUUGUCAGCCUCUCCCCGGUGUUCCCGCCCUUCCAGAAGGGCGCUGGCAAAACCUCCGGGCUGCACCAUACUAGCGCGUCCGCUUUGGCAAACUCACAUGCAACGGUGAAGCCGGGCGAUCCCAUCGGCAACCCGACAGCUGAGUGCUCUAUCAUCUCCAGUUCGGCCUGCGCCUCGAUCGCCUAGGGCGAGUCCGUCUGUCCCUAGCCUGUCUUCGCUACCCGCCCGGCUGACUCCGCCUGCUCUUCUCCAUCACCACCAUCCACCACCAUCCACGUCCUACACCCAUAGCCAUGUCCGACCCGUACACUCUCGAGAGCCAGAACAACGCCGCCCUCUCCUCCCUCUCCCAGAAAAUCUCCGCUCUGCGCGGCGUCACGGUCGACAUCUACGACCAGGCGCGCAAUCACGACAUCAUCGACCAAAACAACGAUGCCUUCUCCAGCUUCGGCCAGAAUCUGCGCGGCUCUGCCGGCAGGCUCACUCGCAUGGCCCAGAGCGGGAACAAGGUUGCCAUUCUGAAACUGAGCGCCAUCAUCGUCGGCGUCGUCCUGGUGCUGUACUGGGUCCUCGGCUGGCUGUUCUCUGGCGGCGGGAAGUCGUAGACGUCGUGCGAAUUGCAGAGCUGGAAUCCGGUUCGCACGUCGUCUUUAGCCGGCCACAUGUUACUAUGUACAAGUACAGCGUCCCACCUGGGCCUUGAGCCUCCGUUCAUGACGGAGCGUCGAAGUUGCAUCAAGUGGUGUUUUCGGGCAUCAUGAUUUCUCAUCAAAGCGUGUACAGCAAAGCAGUUUCUUACUAUCGCCGGACGACAGCGUUCAACAAUUCGACCCACAUUCCGAAGGAAUACUCGUCUCAACUUCCACUGAGAAUGUACAUUUUCUUCCUCGAUAUCGAGCAAGGGAACCAGAAGAGUGGGACUCAGAAAGCCGAAUGAGCAUCGGCGAGGAAGAGGAUGGGCUUGACGACUAGUCUGAACACGAUGUGGUCGAUCAGCCCGGAAUGAAUCUCAAGUGUAGAGUUCAGUGUCUCUAUCAAGGCAGGGAGAUGUGCAUUCCUCGAUGCGUGCGGGGGAAUAUCGGAUACUGGCUAUACUGCUCUUCGUUGUUAAGAGAGUAUUGAGUUUCGAAUCUGAAUACUAAGCGAAACCGCUAGACCAUGCAAGUCGAGGUUUACAGAGAUAUUCUUAGAGAACAAAGAAGCACAGCGUCGAUUUUUCUUCUAUAUUGUGCAAGCGAGAACGCUACAUACAAUCUCUACCUUCCAGCACAUUCAUAUUGACAUCUUAUUGCCACACGUUCGAAAACAGAUCGUCAGUAUUCGCACUGAAGCCUCCAGAUGGCUUUGACAAGGACUGCGUACUCGU